CCCUCCGGGAAGAAGCAGCGAGUGAGGCCGAGGCAGAGGUGCCGGCUUCGUGGACUGUGGGUACCUUCGCAGCGGAGAGGGUCCUGGCGGGGUCAGCGGCAGGUGACAGUCCGGCCGCCACCGGCUUUGGCUCGAGCUCUGCAGCGUAGGCUACCGCGAUGCGCGAAGCACCAUGCGCGGCUGCCGCCUGCCUGGGGAGGGAAGGAGAGUCCAAGCCGCUUAAAUAAGGCUGUGAAAGUUUCUGAGUGCUCAGACGCGACUCCAAUUUCCUAUCUCGAGAGGGCAGUUUCCUUCCAGGUUGCCCCGACUACCCAGGUGCAGCCGCAUCGCUGUGACAGAGUGAGGGGCGCGCCUCUUGGUCCUGUGUGGCCUCCCUGGGAAUCCAGUCUCAUGCGAUUCUUCCCAGUGGCUGGUGCUGGUCGGUCCUCAGGAGGCGGCGGGGAAAGGGGUGAGAUAUCUAGGAACUUCAUUCACAAAUGUUAGUCCUUGAAAAAAGUUGCUCAUUCAUAACAUGACAUUCAUUGGUGGCACAUCGUCUUCGCAAGGAUUCCGAAUUUUCCAGCUUGCCUGUGCUACUAGAUGAACAGAAAACAGUGAAUUAAAGUGCCAACAAGGAUUGUCUUUGGGUUUUUUAUACUUUGUAGCAUUCAUCACAUUCCUUUCACAUCUUCUCUUACUUUAAAAACCACAUUUAAGUUGGAAAAAUGAAGCAGUUGAAAAGGAAAAGGAAAAGCAAUUUUAGUGUUCAAGAAACUCAGACUCUUUUGAAAGAAAUUACAAAAAGGAAAGAAGUCAUUUUUUCCAAGCAGCUCAAUACAACAAUUAAUGUGAUGAAGCGAAUGGCUUGGGAGGAGAUUGCACAGUGUGUGAAUGCUGUAGGAGAAGGAGAGCAGAGGACAGGGACCGAAGUGAAAAGAAGAUACCUGGACUGGCGAGCACUCAUGAAGAGAAAGAGGAUGAAGGCGAACAUUAAGCUAGUUGGUUCGGGGUUUCCCCUUCCCACGUCCGAUUUAGAUGAUUCUCUCACUGAAGAGAUAGAUGAAAAGAUUGGAUUCCGAAAUGAUGCAAAUUUUGAUUGGCAAAAUGUGGCAGAUUUCAGGGAUGCAGGUGGAUCCUUAACAGAGGUCAAAGUGGAAGAGGAAGAAAGGGAUCCCCAGAGUCCUGAAUUUGAGAUUGAGGAGGAAGAAGAAAUGUUGUCAUCAGUCAUACCAGAUACCAGGAGGGAAAAUGAACUUCCUGAUUUCCCCCACAUUGAUGAGUUUUUUACGCUUAACUCAACACCAUCUAGAUCUGCAUAUGACGAGUCUCAUUUGCUUGUAAACAUAGAGAAACAGAAGCUGGAGUUGGAAAAACGACGACUGGAUAUUGAGGCUGAGAGACUGCAGGUAGAAAAGGAGCGGCUGCAGAUUGAGAAAGAGAGGCUGCGGCACUUAGACAUGGAGCAUGAGCGUCUGCAGCUGGAGAAGGAGCGGCUGCAGAUUGAAAGAGAAAAAUUGAGGUUACAGAUAGUCAAUGCAGAGAAACCAUGUCUGGAGAAUGAACUUGGUCAAGGAGAAAAGUCCAUACUUCAACCACAGGACAUAGAAACAGAGAAGUUAAAACUUGAGAGGGAACGCUUGCAACUGGAAAAAGAUAGGCUACAGUUUUUAAAGUUUGAAUCGGAGAAGCUGCAGAUUGAAAAGGAACGCUUACAAGUAGAGAAAGAGAGACUGAGAAUUCAGAAGGAAGGACACCUCCAGUAAAUUUUCUAGGUCUCCAUUUAGCGAAUGUUUGUAAAUCAUAAGGUUUUCUCUAUAUCAGGUAAUAUCAAAAUGGUUGCAGGAUUAGCUGUGUGUGUGUGUGUGUUUCCCCCUGUGUAAUGUCAGUGUUUUCAAUAGAAAAAGAUGAUUGUGGGUAACUGUAUGCCUAAGUAGUUUAUAGAGAAACUUUAUGUGCCCUGGCAUAAAUAGUAUAGCAGAAACUAUUGUGCUGUACUCUUUCACUUAGUAAUAUUAUUUAGAGUCUUGUAUAAUGUGUGUUGAAAGUUUAUAGUUAUGUCUACAUAAAAUUCUAGCACAGUGGUUCUCAACCAGAGAUGUGCCCACCCCCACCCCGAGACAUUUGACAGUGUCUGGAGGCAUUUUUGGGUGUCAUGACUCAGUGGCUGCCACUGGCAUCUAGUGGGGUAGAGGCCAGGGAUGCUGUUAAACAUCCUACAAUGUACAGGAUAUCCCCCCACAAUAAAGAAUUGCCUAGCCCUAAAUGUCAGCAGGGUCAAGGUUGAGAAACCCUUUCCUACCCUAACCAUGUACCUCUAUGGCUUUGUUUUAUAGUUCCAGAAUAUUAAAACCUCAGAUAUUUAUGUGGGUAGAUACUUAAAUGGCCAAAAACUUUUAACUAUGAAACAUUACUGUGUAGUAUAUAGAAUAUAGGAAGUGAUUAUAGAUAUUUUAUUCCCAUGUUUCCAUCUAUAAAUAGCCUGAGAUUCAGAAAACAAUAUAGGGAACAUUAAUUGCCCUAAAAUGAGUCACUUUGUAAAGCAAUUUAUUUAUCUAAUCUUGAUGGUUUAGAAGCAAAACAGUUUUGAAGCCUUAGUUCUUUCGUCUUUGAAUCCAUUGACUUAGCCUGAUGCAAAAAUGGCCAUUUCAACCAUGUACUAAAAUCUUGUGUAAGUGAAUGGUUAAAGAUAGUAAAAAAAAAAAAAAAAAAAAAAGAUACCAGUAUUCCAUAAAGUUAAACC